CGAAUCCACCAAGCCACGUGCUAUCUCGUGCAGUUUCUGGGUACAUAUUGUCUUGUCUUACACCAGCAUUUUUUCUUUCUUUCAUUCUUUGGUGAAUAACGUUGUAUAGUAUAAAAGGGGUUCAUGUCAGUUUAGGAUAACACAAGUUUAGCAGAAUGACGGUGAAACUACAUGGAUUUUGGUAUAGUCCUUUUACUUUAAGGGUUGUAUGGACCUUAAAUUUGAAGGGUAUACCAUAUGAGAACAUAGAGGAAUAUCGCUUCAAUAAAAGUCCUCUGCUUCUUCAAUAUAACCCAAUAUACAAGAAGACUCCAGUGCUAAUUCAUGAUGGAAAACCAAUAUGUGAGUCCAUGAUCAUUGUUGAAUACAUUGAUGAGAUAUGGCCACACAACUCAUUGCUUCCUGCUGAUCCUUAUGAUAGAGCUCAAGCCCGAUUUUGGGUUAAAUAUGUCGAUGAAUUGAUUUCGGCAAUUGAACCGUUCCUCAAUAGCAUAAGUGGUGAAGAGCGAGAAAAGGCUAGAGAAAAUUUAUGGGAGCGACUCAAAGUUAUUGAGGAUUGGUGUUUGGAUGAUAAGAAGAAAUUAUAUGGGGGAGACACCAUUAACAUUGUAGACAUAGCUCUUGGAUCUUUUGUCAAAUUUAUUGAGAUUCAAGAAGAUAUGUUUGAAGUGAAGGUCUUGCAAAGUGAGAGGUUCCCUCGCUUACAUUUAUGGUUUAAUAAUUUUAAAGAUGUUCCAGUCAUAAAAGGAAACACCCCUGGUCAAGAGAAGUUGGUGGCUUUUGGAAAGUGCCUUAUUGAAAAAAUAUUGGUAUCUUUUUGAGAAAAUUAUGGCUUCUAUGAAUUGAUGUACAAAGCAUUUGGGGUAAUCUAUCUGAGUCAUGUGUAUUACUUUAUUUUAAUAAUAGUUGCUUUGUGUUGUCUUUUUGCAACAAUAAUUAAAGUUUAAAAUGAUUCAUGUCUUUUACUACUUGAGUCGGUAGAAUCAAAAUGAAUAACAAAACUCUCCCACAAAAGAGGAAAUCUAUAAAACUAUAUUUGUACUCAAUUUCUGAUUAAGAGAGAAGGCAUUUGUUAUCUUCUCAUACAAAUGUAUUUGACACACGAUAUUACUUCAUAA